CUCUCUUGAUCGAGAGAGAGCGAGCUGUUCCAGACAAGUGGCAUCACACUCCCUUCGGCACACACUAAGUGUGUGAAGGAUCCAGGGGGAUACAGCAGCCCAGCGUGUCCAGCACUUCAGCAAUUAAGGAAUAAGCGGCUGGAAUUGAAGCGAACGCCCUUGGGCCCCAUUUCCCAGCAGCGCCGAAACCCAUCCGAACAGCAGUUAUGGACCGCUAUGACUGCCACCACUGCAAGGAGUCGCUGUUUGGGAAGAAGUACAUCCUGCGUGAAGACAACCCGUACUGCGUCAAGUGCUACGAGAGCCUCUACUCCAACACGUGCGAAGAAUGCAAGAAGCCCAUUGGCUGCAGCACCAGGGACCUGUCCUACAAGGACCACCACUGGCAUGAGGACUGCUUCAACUGCUCCCAGUGCAAGUGCUCGCUGAUGGACAAGCCCUUCUCCACCAAGGACGAGCUUCUGCUCUGCACCGAGUGCUACUCGAGCCAGUACUCUGCCAAGUGCUAUGAGUGCAAGACGACCAUCAUGCCCGGCUCCAGGAAGAUGGAGCACAAGGGGAACAGCUGGCACGAGACCUGCUUCACGUGCCAUCGCUGCCAGCAGCCCAUCGGCACCAAGAGCUUCAUCCCCAGGGAGAACCACAACUACUGCGUGCCCUGCUACGAGAAGCAGUUUGCCCUGCAGUGUGUGCAGUGCAAGAAGGCCAUCAUUAGCGGUGGCGUGACAUACCGCGAGCAGCCCUGGCACAAGGACUGCUUCCUGUGCACCGGCUGCAGGCAGCAGCUGUCGGGUCAGCGGUUCACCUCCCGAGACGGCUUACCUUACUGCCUCAACUGCUUCUGCAACAUGUACGCCAAGAAGUGUGUGUCCUGCACCAGCCCCAUCAGCGGCCUGGGAGGGAGUAAGUACAUCUCGUUCGAGGAGCGCCAGUGGCACCACGACUGCUUCAACUGCAAGCGCUGCGCCGUGUCUCUGGUGGGGCGGGGCUUUCUCACCCAGAGAGACGACAUCCUGUGUCCCGACUGCGGCAAGGAGAUGUAAGGCAGAGCCAUCGCAGAGGGGCGGAGCAAGAAACGACAACAUCAAGCGCCACAGCGCUUAUACCACUAACAGCACACAGUGGCACACACUACCCUUACUAACCCAGCAUGUCACUGGGCUGAGCUCCAGCACCUGUCCCAUAGAUUAACUCCACUCCUGUCUCAGCUACAAAUCAUAUUAUUUUUUUGCACGAUUCUGUCAUACUGCAUUAGAAUUUUGAGCAUGAAUUUCUAGUUUACAGAGGAAAGAACAUCUGAAUUCAGCAUUUAUAGUGCUUUGGUUCUUCCUGUGAAUAUUUCUAACAUUAGAAAUUUAUUGUAUUGGUUACUGAUAACUUAACACCUGCUACAAUAUGAACUAACACACUGUGUUUAAGUUUAGAAGAUGGACAAAACUGCCAGAAAUCCCAAAAUUAUCAGUAUUCAAUGUCAAUAUUUAAUCAGAUUUAAUGAUGUACUCUGCACUGGACUAGCAAUAAAACAUCUCCCACAAGUACUGGGUGCCAAUUCCUAUUUGCUCUAUAAAAACCAGUGUUAAAAAUAAGACA